UGUCAGAGAAUGAAUGUGAGCGGCUAGCAGGCUACUAGCUUUGGCGAUGUGGUCACUCUCAGGAUGAUAUCGCAGCGGGACAGAGGAGAACUCGCUCGGUUUUAUACAGUCACGGACCCGAAGAAGCACCAGAAAGGUUACACGGUGUAUCAAGUCACCGCUCGGAUUAUUUCCAGGAGGAACCCAGAAGAUGUUCAAGAGAUAACAGUGUGGAAGAGAUACAGUGAUUUCCGGAAGCUUCAUCACAAUCUCUGGCAGCUGCACAAGGAUGUAUGUAGCCAGUCAGAGCUGUUUCCUCCUUUUGCCAAGGCCAAGGUCUUUGGUCGUUUUGAUGACUCAGUGAUUGAGGAACGAAGACAGUGCUCUGAGGAUCUGCUACAAUUCUCUGCUAAUAUCCCUGCUCUGUACAGCAGUCAGCACAUCCAAGAUUUCUUUAAGGGAGGUGAGGUCCACGACGGCUCAGAGCUCAUUGGACCAGCUGAGCCCUUUUCAGAUUUCCGGGCAGAUAGUUUAUCAGACUGCAGCUCUGACGUUCAAAGAGACUUCAGUGGUGCAGAUGAUUUGACUGUCACAUCUGAGUAUGGAGGCCCAUCCAUUGACAGUGACUUGACCUCCCUGGUUGUGGAUACAGACUCUUUGGCUGAGCUGGAUGAUGGCAUGGCCUCAGGCCGCACCUCCCCAAACCAGCCACAGGGGGGAGCUUCCCAUAUUAGCAGCAGCUGCAGUCCUCGCUUGCCCUCCCUGCAUGACCACCGCUCCCCAUCUCCUAGCCCAGUCCCUGCCUCCUCAGCCCCUAACCCCGAGGUCAGCUGGCCAGGCCGGACGCCUCUCUUUUCUGGCACUUUGAAGAAAGUCAGCGGUGGCAAACACAAGGACGUUAAGUCCGACUACCUAGAAAAAGCCAGCGAGCUCAUCUGCGUGGCUAUACAGAAGGAGAAAGAGCAGGACUACCAGGCAGCUUUUUCUUAUUAUCGCAGUGGAGUGGACCUGCUGCUGCAAGGAGUGCAAGGUGAGCCCAGUCCCACACGACGAGAGGCAGUGAAGAAGAAGACUGCGGAGUACCUGAUGCGUGCAGAACAGAUAUCAAGUCAAUAUCUGAGAAGCAACAUGGGUCAAGGGUCAACACAAACAGUAGCUUUGGGGGCACAGUGCUGCCCUUCCAGCAGCAGAGCAGGCCAGCAGAGUCCAUCUGAUGAGCUGAGAGCAUACAGGGUGUUGGGGGUCAUAGAUAAGGUUCUUCUGGUCAUGGACAAGAGAACAGAAGAGACUUUCAUCCUGAAAGGUCUGAGGAAGAGCAGCGAUUGCGGGCGGACUAAGAGGACCAUCAUGCCUCACUCUGUUCCCCACAUGGUACAGCUGAAGAAGUUUGUCGUCUCUGAAAACACAGUUUUCCUUCUGCUGCAGUAUGCCGAGGGUGGAAAACUGUGGUCGCACAUUGAAAAGUACCUAAGCACUUCAAGCCCGGAGGAGAGCUUUGACAUUGCUUUCAUUCAGAAGAGCCACACAACAGCGGUGCAUACCCCACAACCUGCUGUACCACAGCCGGAUACAGACUCAGCCAGUUCAGGUUCAGGGCCCGUCGCUGGUUCUGUUUCUGUCUCAGAGCUGAAGAAAGAGGGAGGAAACAUCCUCGCGCCUCUUAAAAGACUUCUUCCCACCAGGCUUAUCAAACAAACGGGGGCCCAGUCAGACUCUGGAGCCAACUCCGAGGAAGAGUGCACCAACAGUUAUUUGACUCUUUGCAAUGAGUAUGAACAAGACAAAGUAGAACCAGAUGCACUUGAGGAGGAAGAGGCGAGGAGUGAACAGGAAAUGCUGUCACUGGAAGUUCCCGUUGGGACGACCACCACUUCCUCACAUAGCCGAUCGCUGAUGAGCAACGACAGCCUCUCGUCACCUCUCAGCUCUCAGGAACUUGGCUUCUUCACCGAGUCAUCCGACAAAAGUGGCCACACCCACGACAAUGAGCAAGACCACAGCGAGGGACAGGACCACGGGGAAGUGUUUAGUCCAUUACCCUCUCCUGCGGUGCCCCUGUCCCUGGAUCAGUCCAAGCACACGCCAAUGGAGUUUUUCCGUAUUGACAGCAAAGACAGUGCAAGCGAGGUGACAUGUCUCGACUUUGGAGAGCAGCGCCCCCCUAAUAAGCAGGUCCCGCUUUUGUCUACAUCCGACCUGGGCUCGGACAUCCCCGAAGAUCUACCAGAGCUGGCUCAGGAGGUCAAGGGCCACAGCUCGGAGCUUUGGUCGUUAGAUUGCAGUGAUAAAGGCUCCAAUGAGUCAGUGCCAGUCAUCUCAUUUAAAGAGGCGUUAGUGGCAGACGAGGGUCACCCACCAGAUCUGCUGGUCAACCUCCCUGCAAUGAGUGGGACCGUAGACACGUCACAGGAGGAGCUGGAGACCUCAGGAGUGUGUCUGGGCCUCGAGGCCACAGCUUCUCCUCAGAAGUGCAUCCAGCCAGAUGUUUUACAGCUUCACAGCCAGCCGGAGGAGGAGGAGGAGCAGACACUGGAGCAGGAGCUGUCAUCUCUGUGUACAGCCUCUGCAGCCUGCGACACCAGUGUUGCCUCCUCCUCUCCCCUCAACUCAUUGUGGGACGACUACAGCCUGGCAUUUGGCAUCGAGGCCUCUGACAAAAUGGUUUUUGAUGAAAGUCAAAAUAAUGACCUUCCUCUCGACACAGACAUUUCAGGAGCUGACUCAAGUAGUGAAAAACCAGAAGCCAGUACGAGAAUAAACACAGACCACAGUGCAGCCUCUAUCCCAGACGCGUAUGGGACAGAGGCCUGUGCUGUGGUCGACGGUUUAUUACAUCUUGAUGGUGAAUUAUCAGGAAUGGUUAGCAAUAAAAGUGUCAUCGAGUUUGAUAAAGAAGUAUCGCGGCUGUUCGCAAAGCUGGACGAGCUGUCGCUGGCUGCAUCCCAAGCUCGUAUACCGGAGGAGUUUGUCCAACGCUGGGCUGUAGAGAUGGUGACAGCUCUGGAUUCACUGCACCAAGAAGGUAUCAUCUGUCGAGACCUGAACCCCAACAACAUCCUGCUCGACCACCAAGGUCACGUUCAGAUCACCUACUUCUGUAGCUGGAGUGAUGUGGAGGAGUCCUGUGACAAAGACGCCAUUGCCAAUAUGUACUGUGCCCCAGAGGUGGGAGGUAUCAGUGAGGAAACGGCAGCGUGUGAUUGGUGGAGUUUGGGCGCCAUCCUGUUUGAGCUCCUGACGGGCAUGUCUCUGCUGCGGUGCCAUCCAGCAGGAAUCAGUCGCCACACGGCUCUCAGCAUCCCUGAGUCUGUUUCAAAGGAGGCCAGAUCUCUGCUCGAGCAGCUGCUCCAGUACAACCCAAUGGAGAGACUGGGGGCAGGAGCGGGAGGCGUGGACGAUAUUAAAUCCCACCCUUUCUUUGCCAGAGUACACUGGUCCAAGUAGACGCUAGUUAUUGUGUGACUGCGGUAAAAGCUGAGCUGCAUGCUGGGAAACGCGGUCCCAAUUGAACGCUUUUUGAGACUGGAAACACAAGUAGAUAUACAGUAAAUUAUGCAUCUCUGCACACGUCCCAUUUUGUUCUUUCCCCAUUUACCUGUCUGAUUCUUUUUUUAUCUUUUUUAAUAGAAUUGGCGAAGCAUCAGUAUUAUCUUCCCUUGCACACUGCUUAUUUCUUAGGGUUUAACACUCAAACAACGUGUGUGGUGCAAUAAUUUUCACAGAAAGUGUGUGAGAGUUGAUCGACUGCAGCGUUGUUGUUCCUUGUGCCGAAGCCAAAAUAACAACUAAAAGUGAGAGGUGCCAUUUUGUCCUUCUCACUGCAUUUAUUUAACACGGUUUGUUAAUUAUGUUUCAAACUGACGCAGUUCACUUUUCUUAAAGACUCAUGUGCAAUAAACUCCAUUUGUCGCCAC